AUGGGAAGUUUGGAGCCAAUAAUACGGCAUACUGCCAGUGCGGCGCCAAAAGAAUUGAGUCCGUCUCGCAAAGGGCUUAAAAUGGAAAAGAGCGAUAAUCCACCGCCACAUGGUUGCGGAAAUAUGGACACUGUGCAGUCGCUUUCGGCUGUUCCACCAAGUUAUUCCCAAGCAGAAGGCGGCGUUGGACCAUCAAGUCCUUGUUCACCACAAUACUCGCCUUAUGCUUCACCUAUUUUACAAAGAAAAAGACCUAUGAAAACAGACAACGGUUCAAAAGAAACGAAACGGUUUAAAUUCGGUGCUCACAUUAACUCUUCUAAAUUAAGUUCAAAUAACGAAGGAUCUGAUCAUAAUCUUGACGGAGUAAUCGGAGAAAGCACUAAUUUAGCUAACGAAUGUGAUAUACCAUCAAACUCUAAUUUGGAGGAACAAGAAACAAGGAAAGACAAAGCAGUUCAAACAUGUAACUGCUUACUUCGGGAUAGAGGAUUUGACCAAAAUCUUCCGUUUGGUGUGAUCUUAAUUUAUAACGAUUUUAAUUCAAGAACCCCGAGUAAAAUAUUGUUCUCUUCGUUGAACGCAAUAGUAAAAAAAAUUUAA